AUGCUAUCUCAUCUUGCUUUGCUCGUUAUUAUUACCACUAUAAAAAAUAAUAGUCUAUGCUCAUAUAGUCUUGCAAAAUACAAACUUUCUGAACAAACAUCUUAUACUAUUAGUUGGAAAUACUUUUUUUCUACAAAUGGAUUAUCUCGAUUGUUUACUCCCAAUGACUUGAUGUUAAUUUCGGGUAGAUUUGUUAUUAAAAAUUCUAAACAAUGCAUGACUAUUGCAUAUACGACUAUCUUUUAUAAUGGAUAUACUAAUUAUGAAUUUAAAUUUAUCGAUGUUCUGAUUUGUAUUCCAUAUUAUAUGUUUUCUAUUCUUGUUAAUCAAUAUAAUUCUAUUACUGGGUUCACUAAUGUUAAAAUAGAAAUAACUGUUUUUUAUUCUUCCAAAUCUAUAAAAUUUAAACAUUUGGAGUUUUUAGGAUCUAAUAUUAAAGUAGAAAAUACCUACCUUAUAUCAGGUUUUUUCAAGUUUUCGAAUUCUGACAAGAUGAUAAUUGAAGCUACUGACAUCGACUAUUCAAGACCGUUACCUUUAAAUUUUAAUAUUUCCAAAAAUUUUUCUAAUACUUUAUCAAACACUCGCUUAAUUAUUGAUAUUAUAGCAGAUGACAUUGAUUCUAUUACUGAUCAAUCGUCCAAAGAAUCUUUUAUUGAGCAUGAUACCAUUGUAACUUCUAAUUCAUCUAAGAUAUUAUCUUCUUUAACUAUUGCUGAUGACAAACCUAAUUCACUAUUUGAAAAAAAGAAUAAUAUGGAAUUAGAUACUGAAUAUGAUAAAAAUGAAAAUAAUCAAAAAGAAGACAACCAACCUAAAAAGAGAAGAAGAAAUAUGAAAAAAUAA